AUGACCACAAUUCGACCUUUCGACGUAAUGGAUAUGCUGAAAUUCAACAAUGUGAACCUGGAUAGUAUGACUGAAACGAGUUUGAGUGCCAGGACUAAAGAAUGGACAAGGACGAGAGACGAGACCCAGCUGGAGCAUAGAGUCCGUAAUCACGUUACAGCACUUUCGGUUGCGCCAGAUUAUCGUCGCCUUGGUCUUGGUGCUCGUAUGAUGCACACGCUUGAGCAUAUUUCUGAAAUGAAGAAGGCUUACUUUGUGGACCUGUUUGUUCGUGUUUCGAAUCACGUAGCGAUUUCUAUGUAUAAAGCGCUGGGAUAUGUCGUGUACAGAGAAAUCAUAGAUUAUUAUUCUGGGCCACGAGAUGAGAACGCUUAUGAUAUGCGAAAAGCAAUGUCUAUGGAUAAAGAAAAGAAAAGCGUAAUACCAUUACCUCAUCCGGUUCACUCCAAUGACAUAUGA